ACAAUCUCCCAGCUUGCCAUUCCAUCUACAAAUCGGUAGCCGUCUUAGGUCCCAUAUCAUCUCGACCAGGCGAUCAUGGCCCCCCCAAAAUACACAAAACACUUCAUCCCACUUGAGUCUGAUCCUCUCAUAUUCACCCAGCUCAUACACGCCCUCGGAGCCUCUCCCGCCCUCCGAUUCAAGGACGUCCUCUCCCUCGAUGAGCCCUCACUCUUUCCGAACCCAGCUCUAGCCCUGAUCCUCACCUUUCCGACAACCGCAGACUACGAAGAGCGCAGAGCCACGGAAGCAGCAUCGCAGAAGCCUCAGGCUGGAGGGCAUGAAGAUGGGGAUGUCUUGUGGUUCAAGCAGACUAUCAAUAACGCCUGCGGACUCUAUGCUAUACUGCAUGCUGCUGCUAAUGGGGAGGGAACACGGUAUAUACAACCAAACUCCACGCUCUCAAAACUCUUAGAGGAAUGUGCCUCCCUAAGCUCAGAUGAGCGCGCGAGAUAUCUGGAGGGCUCCAUAGAGAUCGAGGCUGCGUACAGGAAUGCUGCUGAGCAGGGUGAGAGUGAGGUUUCUGAGAACCCGGAGGAUGAAGUAAAUUUUCACUAUGUGUGUUUUACCAAGGAUGUUAAGGGAAAGGUGAUUUGGGAGUUGGAUGGGGAUAAGAUGGGACCGGUGAAGAGGGGGGAGGAUAUGGGUAGUGGUGAGGACAUGCUGGGAGAGACAGGGAGGAGGGUUAUUAGGGAGCGGAUGAGGGAAGAAGGGGGUGGGGAGAAUGUGGCGUUUAGUCUGAUGGCUUUGAUGGUGGAGUUGGAAGGGUAG